AUAUAGAAUACGGAUGUCAAAAAAGACUGUGGGAUCAAAAUACGAAUACGAACUUUCAAAUAGAUUGGGUUAAGGAGCCUUUGCUGAAGUGUACAAAGGGAAAAAUAAAGUGACAGGCGAAGUAGUGGCUAUUAAGGUUAUUAAAAGAUCUCUUUUGGCAAAAUAUGGGUAUGAUUAUAUUUCUAUUUGUUUAAAGAGAUGACAUUCUCAAAUAAAUUCAUCAGGAAGUCAGUAUAUUGCAAUCACUGAUGCUGUCCAUGAGGAAAACCUUGUGUCCAUUCAUAAAUAAAAUAUAUGAAUGUCUUGAGACUUCAAAUAACAUUUACAUAGUUUUGGAAUUUUGCAAUCAAGGAACUUUACUGGAUAAAAUAAAAAAGACUCGUAAGCUCCCUGAAGAUGAAGCCAUUUUUGUGUUCUUCCAAUUGGUGUAAGCCUUAGACUUUUUGUGCGACAACAACAUUGCACAUAGAGACAUCAAACCUGAGAAUGUUUUCAUCAAGGAUGGAGUUUACAAAUUAGGUGACUUUGGAUUUGCAGGUCAAAAAUCCCUAUACCAGACGCAUUUAGGAACAUAUCCAUAUAUGGCACCUGAAUUUUUCAAUUCUUCAUAAUAUGAUGGAAAUCAAGUGGAUGUUUGGGCAUUGGGAUUAUUGUUUCACGAGAUUCUCUUCGGAGAGAUCUACUUCAUUGGAAACAGUCAAUAUGAAGUGUCUCAGAAGAUCUUAAACAAGUAAUACACAUUGGGAUCCCAACAUUAAUGUUGUAAGGAGAUCAGGGAUUUGUUACCAAGAAUGGUGGAGAAGGAUAAAACCAAGGUAAGUUAAAAUCAAUAUCAUUGUGUAGCGUAUAACAGCUAAAUAGAUAUUGGAGUUACCCAUAUUCUAGAAGUACAGGAAUGAUAACAGAUAUUUGGAGAUCGAAGAGAAGGAGAGACAAUUUUGGUAGUAAUACUUGAAGAGUGAGAACACAAAGACUGAAGAUGACAUCUUAAAGGCAUAAAAGGAGGAAGAGGAGAGACAACGAAAGGAAGAAGAAGAGAAACAAAGAUUGGCAUAGGAGAAAUUGUAAAGAGAGGAAAAUCAAAAGAGAGAGAAGAUUAAUUAAUAGAUCCCUAAGAUUAUUGAUGUGAUCAAUGACAUGAGGAAUGGCAUCAUGAUCAUCAUCAAAUUAUGCGAAUUUCUACAAAUUAAUUUCAGCGAAGUCUGCAGAUAUGAUAUCUUCUACAUACUAAAGCAAGGAUAUCAAUAAUAGCAUAUCUUGAAAGAGAAAUUGGAUAAUGCUUCAGUCUUUACUAGGGAGGAUCAUAUAGACUUUCAGAAUAUCGAUAUAGAGGCAUGGGACUACUUCUAUCAAGAUCAAAAGUAUAAUACUAAUUAUAUUUGUAGAGCGCAAUGUUUGAUCAUCGAAAUCGAACAUGAUAGAAAUCAAGUCAGAAAAUCAUACAUUGAUCAAUUCAAUUAUUUGAACAAUUAUACUAGUAGCUAAUACAAUGGCUAUGUAUUGGAUUUCCAAUAAGUAUCCUCUUGAAUAUAUAUUCUUAGAUAGGAAAUCUAGAUAUUACUGGUGGAGUCCCUAAGGAAUUGUUCUUGAAUCAGUUGGCUUCUACCAUCACAUUUUUAAAGGAUGAAGAGACCAAAUAGAGUGAUGUAGGAAUAAAGUAAUUGCUGAAGAAGGCUAUUAUUUGGAUAUUUGUUGUCGCAUUCUACCAAGAUCUGAUUUCUGGCAAUAAGGUUAACAUUUCCAAGUUCUUGAGAAGCAUUGAUAGUAAUGAACCAGAAGAAAUGAAAAAAUGCUUAUAUUCAUAAUGA